AAUUAAAGAAAAAAAAUGGGACCUCUUAUGAUUUCUUCAUUUAAUUUUAUUUGGUGUGUUUUAUUAUUGGUUUUAUGUGCAGUUAGAAUCCACGUUGAAGCUAACGGUUGGCUUAACGCUCAUGCAACGUUCUAUGGGGCCAAUCAAAGUCCAACCAGUCUUGGAGGAGCUUGUGGUUAUGAUGAUACCUUUCAUGCUGGGUUUGGAGUGAACACAGCAGCAGUGAGCACCAUGCUUUUCAAAGAAGGGGAGGUUUGUGGUGCAUGCUACCAAGUUAUAUGUGACUAUAAAAUUGACCCAAAAUGGUGUCUUAGAAGUCGAAGUGUCACAGUAACUGCCACAAAUUUUUGUCCUCCAAACAAUCACGGAGGAUGGUGUGAUCCUCCACACCAUCACUUCGAUAUGUCCAUGCCUGCUUUCUUUCGCAUUGCACGACAAGGAAAUGAAGGCAUUGUUCCUGUCCUUUAUCGAAGGGUAGCAUGCAAAAGAAGAGGAGGAGUUAGGUUCACAUUGAAGGGUCAAUCAAAUUUCAACAUGGUGAUGAUAACAAACGUGGGUGGUAGCGGUGAUGUAAAGGGGGUGUGGAUAAGAGGUUCCAGAAGUGGAGCUUGGUUGCCAUUGCACAGAAAUUGGGGAGCUAAUUGGCAAAGCAGUGCAGAUCUAAGGAACCAAAGACUCUCAUUCAAGGUUACUUUGGUUGAUGGUAAAACAUUGGUGUUUCUCAAUGUAGUGUCUUCCAAUUGGAGAUUUGGACAAACAUUUUCAUCCCAUAAUCAAUUCUUUUAGUUUCUCAUAUGAGCUGGAAUGAAGACAUAUAUCAAACAUGUCCAACACCCUGCAAUUUUAAAAGGCAUGAGUGGAGGAUAUAUAUAUAUGAUAAAGUUAAUUUCUUCUAUUUUUUAAAAUUCAUAUUUUUUUUUAAAAGGAUGUAAUAUGGAUAUUCAGAAUCAAAGUAUGUAUCAUUAUUCAUUGUCAUGUGCUCUGAUCCAAGGGAGUAUUAAAUG